UCCUAAUAAGGAGAAGAAAAAAGAGGCUAUUAAGAAGGUUAUAGCGGCUAUGACUGUUGGGAAGGACGUCUCGGCGUUGUUCCCAGACGUGGUGAACUGUAUGCAAGCACAGACUAUUGAAGUUAAGAAAUUAGUUUACUUGUAUGUGAUCAACUACGCGAAGAGUCAGCCUGAGCUUGCUAUACUAGCAGUGAAUACAUUUCGGAAGGACACUAUGGACCCGAACCCCCUCAUACGGGCGUUAGCAGUCCGAACGAUGGGUAGCAUCAAACUGGAACAAAUGACAGAGUAUCUACUAGAGCCGUUGAGAAGGUGCUGUAAGGAUCAGGAUCCCUAUGUCCGGAAAACUGCAGCAAUUUGUAUUGCCAAGUUUUUUGAAAUUUCACCCGAUAUGGUGGAGGAUCAAGGCUUUGUAGCUGUUCUCAAGGACAUGCUCAGUGACGCUAACCCUAUGGUCGUUUCCAACGCUGUUAUCGCAUUAUCUGAGAUGCAACAGCAGUCGGGCAAGCGAAUGAUGCCUUUGGACGAGAAGACGGUAUCCAAUUUGUUAUUGGCGUUGAACGAAUGUACGGAAUGGGCUCAGGUUAUUAUACUGGAUGCUAUCACUAUGUAUCAGCCUAAGGAUAGUAGGCAGGCUAAGGAGAUGAUAGAGCGA